AUGGCGGUGUCCAAGCCCUCGAGCCCGCAGAUGACCGAGGACAGCCAAGUCAUCGCCCUGCUCGAGCAGAACAACAAGCUCCUCCAAGGAGUUACCAAGCUCCUCGAGGAGCAGGGCAAGCUUGCCGACUUGCAGAACCAGAGCCUCGCGUACAUCGCCGAGGAGGCGGGGUGCGCCGAGAUGCGCCAAUGCCAAGCCAGCGGCGAGGCAACCGACGCUUCGAGAAUGUUGGGGAUGUGGUGUCGAGGGAGCUCCGCGCUGUACCACAGGAAUAUUCGAGGCGCCGUGUUGGCGAGUGUCCUCAAGAAUGGAAGCCUCGAGGGGAUCAAGUACGAGGGCAUCUUCCGAGGCACGGAUCGGCGCCGAAGCGAGCUCUUCUGUGCGAUCUUCUUCAAGGCGCCCAUCGAGCGGAGCGGCGAGACGUUCAACGCCUUCGACGACGCAGACAAGAGCGUCGAGACGUUGUUCAAGAUUUUGCCGAGCUUCCGAGCGGAGUUGCUCGACGAGGCCAAGACACAAGCCAUGGUCGGCGAGAAGAUCUGCAAGCGCUGUGCGAGAUCAUGCUCCCAGAACAAGCAGUGCAAGCCCAUCUUGCCGAGCGACAGCGACGAGCCAGACGAGGGCGCGCGCGCGUUCGACAAGCCAUACUUCGAGCAGUUCCAGGCAAACAGCAUCGAGAACUACGAGAACGAGCGCAUCCUCGUGACCGAGGGGAUCGUCGCCUGGUGCUGGCAAAUCGCCGAGUUCGCCAAGAAGCGCCACGAGCUCGAUCAACACGGGCACUUCAUCAAGCGCGCCAAGAUGGACGAGGACACCAAGUACCAGAAGAAGCUCGAGUACGAGAAGAAUUUCUUCGACAUCUACGCCCAGAAGAAGUUUCCGAGCUACUACAAGAUCAUCGAGGAGUACAAGGAGAUGUGCGACGAGAAGAAGCGCGAGCAGGAGCUCAAGACGUCCGAGGCGCAGGCUUGA